CUGUCACUCACAUUUUGCUUCCGGUGACUACAAAUGACUUCAGAAAACUUUGCUAAACUAUCCUAGGCUCGAAAUGGAUGCACGACGCGCGCGCAGUUGUGUUCCAACAGCUACUUCUUUUUUAGAAAGAGCCUCCCUCGACAAUUCUUUGCACUCUACUGUUGACGGCAUUCUCAAAGAUUUGAAAGCAUAUUCACGUCGGUUGCAAGCCGCUCUCGCCAGCUACAAGGAUGAAAUGCAAGUGCUUGAAAGGCUUUACUACAGAAGUAAAAAUCAACAUCGAGCGGCCUUGUUCUUCAAACGCAUCUCGGAGAUUAGACGUUAUGGUUGGCGGCUGCUAGAAGCCAAUAUGACCGAGGAUGCGAACCUCCUUAGAGCAUCAUUCUAUGGCGCCACCGUUAUUCAGAGCGAAAAACUGAUGCGAGGGUCUUGGAAUCAUAUUCCAAGUCGGUCAUAUGUAUCUUUCAUCACUGAGAGGUUUAAAGCGUAUUCUUGCUUGAUACUUAAAACAUCCGAGCGAGUUCGAGAAGCUUAUUACCAUUUCUCCCUUGCAAUGCAAUCUGGUGCAUUCAUUCACCUAAUUGUACUAUUUGCUGGACUUGCUUCGAGAAUGGCGGCUUUGUCGGCUGAAAUGGGUGAUUGUGUCCGAGACUACGAGGCUGUUUGUGAUCGCAUACUGAGUGUUAUCGAUCCGAACCACAAGCCGAGUUUCAUAGCUGGAUCGAAGACUUCCAAGACGUCGGAACGUCUUUUAUCUCGUCAGAGUGGCCAGCCGGCUCCUACCAUCGAUCCAGAUGUCCCCCCGGAGGAUUUUGGCUCUGCUAUUACCAGAGAGGAGACGCUUGACCUACCAUCAUCCACACCAGCCGAUGCUAGAGCCGUUAUGAAAAACGCUGGGAGCAUAGACUUGCAAGCUGCAGUCGUGAUAGAAAAAGUCGCUGUUGCCACAUUGUCCGCUCGAAAAGAGAAGAUUGCGACAAAACGGAAGAUAUCAUCUACUCCUGCUGGCCAAAGACAAUCGAAGAAGGUCAAGGAGAAACGAGACGAGAUCGACGAUAUAUUCGGCUUUUAGCUGGAUUUCGAUUUCUUAUGGCAUUUAAGCGAUAUAAUCCGACUUCAUUUGGAUUCCAACUUCUCUAUAACUACUCCACUUCUGUAUCUCUACGCAAAGAUAGCAGAGUUAAAGUAU